AUGUCUACCGUCCUUUGCGCCACCUCUGUACGUUCUAUUAUUCGAAAAUCCGCCAUUGUACCGGCGUUAGGAUGGUCUUGGUGUAAUUUCUGGAAUCCCCAACUCACAGCGCGUCGAUUUCAGGCUAGUGAUCAGUUUCACCGUUAUCUGCAUAAUCCACAUAUUGUACAACCAGAUGGUGUAGACCCGCUUCCCCGUACCAAGGGUGACCAGCAGCAGUGGCUCAAUACCGAACAAUGGGAUGGCUACAGUGACACAUAUUUACAGCGACACAUGCAGUACCCUCCAACUAAUGAACAUCCUAAUGUCAAGCUAAACUCUAGCCACACCCUUCUUUAUAAAUGUUUAAAUAGUUGUUAUAGGUACUAUGGUGUGCUUGCAGAUGAGCUACAAGCGCUUCAUGAGGAUCCACUUCACCCAAGGUUUCAUGAAAAGAUUGCCCACGUAAAGAAAGAAAGUGAAAAAAUUGCUGAGGAGUUAGACCGUGUAUAUGCCGACUUACAUCCUACCGUGAAAUCUAUUUAUGAUGCUUAUUUGGUCCGCCGGUACUAUCAGUUAAGGGAUUGGAUUAAGCAUGUGGAGCAGAAACGACACAACGUCUUAUGUCGACUAUCUCCAGAGUACAUUAGAGAGACAGAGCAUGCUCGAGGUGUGGCCGCACACUUUUUACAUCGCCUUCAACAACUUGAAACGGCUUUCACAAACAACCCAACCUUAGGACUAUUGGCUGAUGAAGGGGAUGGACGGUACACACAUGAUGAAAUAGUGAUGUUGCGGCAAAAGGCAGCGUACUUCCGCAAAAUGCAUCAAUUGGGGGCCAAUCAACAAGAUGCCGAUGUGCACACAUACUAG